UUCUUUCUCGGGUGGAUCUAACGCCGGAGACUAGCGGCAUGCCCUAGCCCGCGUCGCUCGGCCACUGCGGCGCCUUCUGCCGCUUUGCAGCGCCGGUCCCAAACGGGGCGAUGGAAAUGAAUAUGAAGAAGUUCACGGUGCGCAGGUUCUUCUCGGUGUAUCUCCGCAAGAAGUCUCGCUCGAAGAGCUCAAGUCUAAGUCGAUUCGAGGAAGAAGGCAUUGUGAAGGAGAUAGACAUCAGCCAUCAUGUGAAGGAAGGUUUUGAAAAAGCAGACCCUUCACAGUUUGAGCUGCUGAAAGUAUUAGGGCAAGGCUCCUAUGGAAAGGUAUUUCUAGUGAGAAAAAUCAAAGGAUCUGAUGCUGGGCAGCUCUAUGCAAUGAAGGUACUUAAGAAAGCAACUCUGAAAGUCCGAGAUCGUGUACGAUCAAAAAUGGAAAGAGACAUUUUGGCAGAAGUGAAUCACCCUUUCAUUGUAAAACUUCAUUACGCAUUUCAAACAGAAGGAAAGCUGUAUCUUAUACUAGAUUUCCUACGAGGAGGAGACCUUUUCACCAGACUUUCCAAAGAGGUAAUGUUUACAGAGGAAGAUGUUAAGUUCUACUUAGCUGAGCUGGCCUUGGCUUUAGAUCAUCUCCAUGGACUUGGUAUUAUUUACAGGGAUUUGAAGCCAGAAAACAUUCUUCUAGAUGAAGAAGGGCACAUUAAGAUUACAGAUUUUGGCCUGAGCAAGGAAGCCAUUGACCAUGACAAGAGAGCUUAUUCAUUCUGUGGGACAAUAGAGUACAUGGCUCCAGAGGUGGUCAACCGGCGAGGGCACACACAAAGUGCAGACUGGUGGUCCUUUGGUGUCUUAAUGUUUGAAAUGUUGACGGGGUCAUUACCAUUCCAGGGGAAAGAUAGAAAGGAGACAAUGGCUCUCAUUCUCAAAGCCAAGUUAGGAAUGCCACAGUUUUUGAGCAUAGAAGCUCAGAGUUUGCUGCGAGCCCUUUUCAAGAGAAAUCCAUCCAACCGAUUAGGUGCUGGCCUUGAUGGAGUUGAAGAAAUUAAACGGCAUCCCUUUUUUGCUACUAUAGACUGGAAUAAGCUGUACAGGAAAGAAAUCAAGCCACCUUUUAAACCUGCAGUGGGACGGCCAGAGGACACCUUUCAUUUUGACCCAGAAUUCACCUCAAGGACACCAACAGAUUCUCCAGGUGUCCCUCCAAGUGCCAACGCUCACCAUCUCUUCAGAGGAUUCAGCUUCGUUGCAUCCAACUUGGUGCAGGAGCCUGUACAGCAAGAGCUGCACAAAAUCACAGUUCACCCAAUUGUCCAGCAGUUACAUGGGAACAAUAUUCACUUUACAGAUGGAUACGAAAUCAAGGAGGACAUCGGCGUUGGCUCAUAUUCGGUGUGCAAGAGGUGUGUACACAAAGCCACAGAAGCAGAAUUUGCAGUGAAGAUAAUUGAUAAGAGCAAAAGGGACCCCUCUGAAGAAAUUGAGAUUCUUCUGAGAUAUGGACAGCACCCAAACAUUAUCACUCUCAAAGAUGUCUAUGAUGAUGGGAAAUAUGUCUACCUUGUGAUGGAGCUAAUGAGAGGAGGAGAACUUUUAGACCGAAUACUUCGACAGAAAUGCUUCUCAGAACGAGAAGCUAGUGCUGUUCUUUGUACCAUUACCAAGACGGUAGACUACUUGCAUUCCCAGGGAGUUGUUCACCGAGAUCUGAAGCCGAGUAAUAUUCUGUAUAUGGAUGAGUCAGGUAACCCAGACUCCAUCAGGAUCUGUGAUUUUGGAUUUGCUAAACAACUGAGAGCUGAGAAUGGUCUGCUAAUGACUCCGUGUUAUACAGCCAAUUUUGUAGCACCUGAGGUCCUGAAACGGCAAGGCUAUGAUGCAGCCUGUGAUAUCUGGAGUUUGGGGAUCCUGUUGUACACCAUGUUAGCAGGAUUCACUCCUUUUGCAAAUGGACCAGAUGAUACCCCAGAGGAGAUUCUGGCUAGAAUUGGCAGUGGAAAAUAUGCACUCACAGGAGGAAACUGGGAUUCAAUAUCCGAGGCUGCUAAGGAUAUUGUGUCAAAGAUGCUUCAUGUAGACCCUCACCAGCGCUUAACAGCAACUCUAGUUCUAAGGCAUCCAUGGAUAAUAAACAGGGAAUACCUAUCCCAGAAUCAGCUCAGCAGGCAGGAUGUUCACCUGGUCAAGGGUGCAAUGGCAGCCACCUACUUUGCUUUGAACCGAACACCUCAGGCACCAAGGCUGGAACCAGUAUUGUCCUCCAACCUGGCCCAGCGAAGGGGAAUGAAAAGACUGACCUCAACGAGGUUGUAGUGGUCCCAAAAAAUGCCUGGUUAAAAAAAGAGAAGACACGCACCGUACAUUGAUCAGAGAGGCUGAUCUAUACUGCUCAUUUCGCAGGACUCUGGACUAUUGGCACAUAAAUUGCUAGAAUUAGCAGAUUCAGCAUAAAGCAAAGUUAUCCUUUGCUUUCAAAUUAUUAUUUUUUCUUUUUACAUUACCGCCAAGUUCCUGAGUUAGCAAUUACUCAAAAAGGUGCCAAUUUUUCAAUUGCUGUAUUGCUUCUUAUUUAAGUAUAAACUGCUCAGAGACUGUUCUCUUCUCCUUUUCUCCAAAUGCUAUUUUUGGAAUCUUUUAGACGCUCUGUAAGACUACUUUUUGUAAGCACUUUUCAAUAGGGAAACAAAUAGUUUCAGUUUUAGAGAUCAAUUCUACCAGCAUAUGUGUCAUGGUGAAUUGUCAUGGCUAACAAUUGAUACAGCUACUCAUCAUCAGCUUCAGUGAGAUUCAACUGAAUACGAAGAGAGGUGUGAUGCCAUGAAAGAAAUGGGCUACUAAGAGCGGUGUUUAACGUGGAGAGAGAGAGAGA